AUGGGUGAUCGUCCGCUGCGAUUGUUGAUCGUGCUGCCCUCUUGGGUGGGGGAUGUGGUGAUGGCGACGCCUGCGAUUCGUCGGAUCCGUGAUGCGAUGCCUGGGAUAUUCAUCGGUGCGUUGUGUCGACCUGGGAUUGAUCAGUUGAUUGGUGCUGGGGGCGGCGAGAGCGAUCUGUUUGAUGAGGUGCAUGUGUUUGUGCCUCAUGGGAUGAUGGCGACGAAGAAGGCGGCGGCGAAGGUGCGUCCUCGGCGCUACGACACGGCGCUCUUGAUGACGAACUCGUUCUCGACGGCGCUGACGACGCGGAUCGCGUUUAUCCCGAGACGGAUCGGGUACGAGCGGGACGGACGCGGGAUGCUGCUGACGGACAAGGUGAUCCCGCCUCGCAAUGCGGAUCGGUCGUGGAAGAUGGUCCCGGCGGUGGAUUACUACUGGAAUCUCGCGUCGUAUCUGCUUGAUGAGACGCUGGUGGAUUGGUCGGUGCAUGAGCCGGCGGAUUGUGUUUCGAUGCCUUUGGCGCUUCCGAGCGGGGCGCGGAUGGAGCUGCCGAUCUCGGAAGCGGAUCAGGCGAAGUGUGAUGAGAUCCUGAGUGCUGCGGGUGUUGAUGGUUCCUACGCGAUUCUGAAUCCCGGCGGGAACAACGAGGCGAAGCGCUGGCCCGCGGAUCGGUUUGCGGAGCUCGCGGACUGGUUGCAUGCUGAGCAUGGGCUCGCGGUGCUGCUCAAUGGAUCUCCGGCUGAGUCGGAGUUGAUUGAUGAGAUCCGAUCGCUGAGCGCGAGUGAUCCGGUUUCGCUUCCGGCGCUUGGCAAUACGCUUGGUGGUCUCAAGGCGAUCUGUAAGGGGGCUCGGAUCAUGGUGACGAAUGACACGGGUCCUCGGCACAUUGCGGCGGCGAUGGGGACAUCUUUGGUGACGCUGUUUGGUCCGACGGAUCCGAGGUGGACGACCAUCCCGGUUGAGCCGUUGGGUGAUGGACGCGAGAGCGAGGUGGUUCUGGUCGCGGAUCCGACGCUCGAUGCGCGCGAAUCGGCGAACGAUCAUCCGGAGCGGUGCGCGGUGGAUCGGAUCGAGCUUGGGCGCGUGCAGCAGGCGGUCGAGUUCCUGUUUAAGAAUAACUCGUUCGCAUAA